AUGUUUCAAGCAGCUGGAGGAUGUAGUCUAGGCUGCAGAGCUCUGCUUUUGAAAUAUGGAGGAAGUGGCAAUGUGCCUGGUGGGGCAGGGCUGCUUCCCAUACACAAAGUGGCUUAUGAGGGGCAUCACCUGGGCAGGAAGUAUCUCAUUGCAGCCACAUCCCAAACUUUAAUCAGUGGUUCAAGCACUGUUCAUUCUGCUGUGGACAGCCAGAGCCAGUGUCUAGAGCUUGUCAUGGAAAAUUGUUUGGAUGUCAACGCUCUCUUGUCUGAACACAUAACUUCAAAUACAUAUGAUGACAGAAGAGAGACUGCACUUUGUCGUGCUGUUUCUAAUAAGAUUCUUUGCACCAAAAUAUUGCUCAAAGCAGGAGCAAAUCCAAAUAAGGAUCCUUUUAAUGAGAACUGUGUUCUCAUAGCAGUGAGAGCUGACAGCCAUGGAAUUGUAAAGCUACUCCUAUCUUAUGGAGCAGAUGACAACUUAAUUUUGUUGCUUAAUGAUACGUAUUUCCCCAGGGCAUGAUAUUCUUUGAAUGGUGACAUGAUGCUGAGGCUGUUGCUCAGUCAUGGAUAUAAUGUGGAGAUGUGUUUGGACUUCAUGUGUCAGGGUAUCUUUGGAAAUUCUUUUGUGUGGCCAGCUCCAGAGAUCGAGCCUAUUCCCAGUUGGACUACUUCUUCAAUAAAUAAUAAACUAAAAAUACAUACAUUCCUUGCUUCUCUUCACUUGGCUCUUUUCCUUAGCCAGAUUGAAACAGUCUGGUUUGUAGUGUUGAAUUAA